UGCAUGCGAUCACAUGGUGUUCUAUAAAAGGGGGUCAAAAAGACCUCACCUGGAAUACAAAACGGCAAAGUAUAGAUCUUGAACGCUUUCGUUGUUAAGCAGCUAGCAUAUGUGUUCUCAAUCUCCAGUUAGAUAGCUUAGUUCAGGCUGUAGUCAGGUAGGAGUUGCCAGCGUUACUAAGAUGGGGAGUUUCAUGGGCCGGUAUCCAACUUCCCUGCCCGUCGUCCUCCUCGUCUCUGCUGUUCUGCUGCUUAACGCUGACCUAGGAUUGUGCGGCUGCUUCAAGCGCAUCUUCACCUUCGGCGACUCCAUCAUCGACACUGGCAACGGUGCUUAUGCAGGCGGCAACAACCCUGGCCCGAUCACACAACUCCCUUAUGGAAUGACCUACUUCCACCAGCCCACUGGCCGCGUAUCUGACGGGCGUGUCAUCGUCGAUUUCUACGCUCAAGCGCUGGGGCUGCCACUGCUGCCACCGAGCAUGCCUCAGGCGGGCACAGGGCAGUUUCCAACCGGCGCCAACUUUGCUGUGUUCGGCUCCCUGGCGCUGUCCCCGGACUACUACAAGACCAAGUAUAACUUCACGAUGCCGAUGCCUUGGUGCCUCGACCGUCAGCUCGAUUCCUUCAAGAUGGUGCUCGCCAGGAUAGCUCCGGGAGAAGCUGCCACCAAGAGUCUCCUUGGCGAGUCCCUCGUCGUGAUGGGCGAGAUCGGCGGCAACGACUACAACUUCUGGUUCUCUGCUCGGCGCAGCCGUGAGAUCGCCGACAAGUACAUGCCCGAUGUAGUCGCCCGCAUAGGCGCCGGCGUCCAGGAGGUGAUCGGCCUCGGCGCUAGGACCGUACUCGUCCCGGGCAACUUCCCCAUCGGAUGCGUGCCGGCUUACCUGAGCGGUUUCAGGACGGACAACUCCGCGGAUUACGACGAGUUCCGCUGCCUCAGGUGGUUCAACGAUUUCUCCCAGAGGCACAACCAGGCGCUGAAGCAGGAGAUUAGCCGGCUCAGGGCGCACAACCCUGGCGCGAAGAUCAUCUACGCUGACUACUACGGUGCUGCCAUGGAAUUCGUUAGGAAUCCCCAUAACCAUGGUAUCGAUGACCCUCUCGUGGCAUGCUGUGGCGGCGCCGGCCCGUACCAUACCGGCAAGUCGUGCAACAACACGGCCACCAUCUGGGGUGACCCUGCCAAGUUUGCCAGCUGGGACCAGAUCCACAUGACGGAGAAGGCGUAUAGCGUCAUCGCCGAUGGGGUGUUGAACGGCUCCUACGCGGACUCGUCGUUGCUCCACGCUUGCUAGCACAGUGCAUUUGUUUCCCCUGGACUUUGCAAGAACUAUUCUUACUUCUUACUUCCUCAGUCCUCCUCAAAUAAGUAAGAAGUGUACUUCUAACUCUUAUCCUAAGUUAGAGAUUUUAAAACUUCGACCUACUUUAUUGAAAAAGGAAUUGCUGCCUGAGAACUAAUUUACUGCUCA